UAUCUCUACGCCUUUCCGUACCACGAAGAAAUAACUCUGCUUUUCGUUUCGGUGACUGAAUAAGGAAGCGUCGGAGCUCGGUCCGUGCUAAUUCUUGCUCAGCGACACGUGGCCGUGCUUUUUGAUUUUUAUCAUCGGUUCCGUUCGUUCCUCCUCUCAGCCAUGACCAUCGUGUCACCUCCCCCCCUUCCCUUGGAAUUGCCGAACGAGAAGGAGAAGGUGACAGAUGAGUCGACCUCAAGUACGGAACCCCCAGUCAAGAUUCCAUAUGAUACCAAUGGGGCCCUCGAUGACAUUCCAGGCGUGGCUCAUGCUCUCGAACUUUUCCUUAAUUCUCACAUGUUCGAAUCAGAGGAUUACUGUCUUAGGAGUGACCCAAAAAUGGAGAGACUUUACUUCUCUACCGGAUACGGUCUCAUACAAUGCGUUAAAGCGUUUAUGUCUUAUGCCGAUGAAGAUAUCCUGGCCGGUAUUGGAAACACCAAGCAAGGGAAUCUCAUUGCCAUGCAGCACCGCAAGAAAGCUGCAUCGUUCACGUCGAGGCUUGCCGGCUAUGUCGUCAGUUCCCUGAAUACUACUGGCGUUGGAUUUAUCAAGAGCAUGACCCCGGUUGAGCGUCACGCGGAGCUCGUCUAUGCAGACAGUCUAUUCGAGAAGGCGUUGUUAGGCGUCGUAUACUCCGGCGAUUGGCUAGCAUUCAUCAAAGAAGCAUUGAACAUGCGAACGACCAUCAAUAUAUACCGAGUACUAUACAAGUUCAUAACGACUAUGGAUGAGGCGGCUCCCUCCGGUUACGAUGAGAGCAUCGACAUCCAUUUCCGCUCAGGCGUCUAUCUCGGAGCCGGAAUGAGUACCCUCAUUCUGAGCCUCAUGCCCUCAAAAUUGCUCACCAUCAUCGAACUAUUCGGAUAUCACGGCGACCGCGCCGAGGCCCUUUCCAUUCUCUGCAAAGCAGGCGGUUGGACCUCGACGUCCGACGAACCCUCCAUUCCCAUUUCUGAAGAAGGACUCCGACGACCCAUCUGCGACAUGUCCCUCAUGGUCUUCCACCUCGUCCUCUCGAGCUACACGUUCGAAGGUGUCGACGUCCAAAUGGCUGACAAAAUCAUCCAAUGGAACGCGCGCCGCUACCCGAACGGCGUCUUUUUCCUAUUCGCAGCUGGGCGUCUCGCGCUCAUGCGGUCACAGCCGGAAGAAUCCAUACGGUGUUAUACCCGGGCCAUGGAGGUCCAGUCGCAGUACAGAAAUCUGCACCACGUCUCCUUCUGGGAGAUUGCGAUAGCGCAACUGGCGCUCUGGGAUGUGAAGGGCAGCCUGGAGCGUUGGCGCGACUUGGAACGGGAAGCGACAUGGUCCAAGGCGAUUUAUACGUAUGGGAUGGCGGUGUGUCUGCUUGAGGGCGGAGGGGACCCAAAGGAGGCGAAAGCGCUGAUGGAGAAGGUGCCGAACCUUCGUCAGAAGAUUGCCGGGAAGAGUAUACCCAUGGAGAAACUGGUCGCGAGGAAGGCGCGCAAGUUUCUGGGACAGGGUCGGUUGGCACUUCCAGCCCUCGAGAUUGCAUAUCUUUUCUUGGCCAUAACGCAUGCUCCUCGGGAGGUCGUUGCGAAGAAGAUGCUCGUCGAGGUGUUGGAUUGCUUGAAGGAGCUAGAUACCAAGGACAAGAAGUCGGUGGGUUAUUGGGACGACUUUUGUUUGGCCAAGUUCUUAGAGGGUGUUUGCAUGAGAUAUAUUGCUUAUCCGGACCCUGAUGCCAUUAUACCGCCUGAUGCCCCUUCUGUUAUUGAGCUAGCAGGUAUAUCCGAGAACGAUGCAGCAAAAGCUGCGGUGUCAGCAUUUGAGGACGUGUUUAGAUUUGGACCCAAGAUAGAGCUCGACCACCACAUCGUGUAUCAUACCCACUAUGAACUGGGCCGAUUACUUGCUUGUCAGGGCAAAGAGGACGAGGCGCGGACACAGUUCCAUCUCAUUCUUUCCGGAAAGUAUCUCGAGGUUGGGUCGUCCGGAAAAAAGGGACGAUAUAGUAUGGAGAAUGCUUUACACAUGCGCACCCAUGCAGCACUAGAAGCUCUGGGAAAGCGAAAUCUUUGAUAUCCUUAUUCGUGAUAUACCUGCUGCUUUGCUAUGUUUAUGGACUAAUAAUACCCUGUACCGCCACUGAUAUUGUAUUCCCCCAAUAGACCGCAUCCUUUUUUGCAUUGAACUCCUUGUU